AUGGCCAGUUCGGAUCAGCCCACCGAGACUGGCGAUGUGCUGCCUUUGCAUGCUCGAACCGUUGAGGCGGCUCGAGAAUGCCUCGAGCUGGGCAAUUCUUUGAUCCCCGAGAUCAAUCUCCUGGCUUCACGGCUCGAGAAAACGCACAGGCCCUCAACACUUGCAGGUCUGAUUACUUGGGUACGGGGCCUUCAGAAAGACCAGAGGUCUCUGCAACGGCUUGUGGAUGAUGAACUCGGCAGCGCAACUGAACUUCCUGAGACUCAGUUGAAAGCGAUAGCCAAUAAGAUACAGGCCAAUGUGAUUGAUGUCAAGCAUGCGCAUCUCAAAUGGUCCAUCCUCAAACGAUGUCAUUCCUUCCAGGCGUUGAACCAGACUUUCCUUUCAUCUACCAAGGAGUCGCGGCGAGAGGUAGUGUCUUCUCAAGAAUCCAUCUCAGGCCGGGAGAAACAACUCCUUCACCGCACACUCAAAGAGCAGAGCCGUGUUGAGGUAGACGUUGUCGAACGAGGAUCAGAGUGGAUCGAUAUCAAAUCAAUCAGCCUGGACCGUCUGGCCCGUCAAAUGACAGACUCCGGUUGGGGAUGGGGAGACCAUGAACUUGGAGAUGUUCUGGAUGAAGAGGACUGGGGUGAGGUGCCCCUUGCCAAGCAGAUUAAGCGGCUUGUCGAGGCAGCAAAGCGGAACAGGCAUGAGUAUCGGAUUCCCAGAGUCAGGGUUGUGCUCCCUAGAAUACAGACUGAUGCCAACAAUGAUGUCGCGGUGUUUAUAGACCAACUUCGCAACAUCGAUUCUCAGGUUGAAGUCAUCAUCAAUGAUAGCCAGAGCGAUUUUCUCACCAGUGAGCCUCCUCAGCUCGAGACUGCCAUUGAGAAUCUCGCGGGAGAUGAACUUGCCGGUCUGACACCGGUUCUCAACAUGGACCACACCAUCCUCAUAGAUCUCAUCUCCGACAUCACUCAUUAUAAUCUUGAGCCCCAGCCCUGGCAAGCAUCGACAACUCAGGCCCAGAUCAAGGAAGAGAAUCGGCAUCCAGAUGGGCUUAUGGCGCCCACUCUGUAUCCAUUGCUGCGAGGUCGCAAACUCAUCUGUACCAAGGAAGCAGCCGAGCACUUCCAUGAAGUUCUGAGCACCGUCGGUACAAACACUGAAAGACAGCGCGGGCACCUCCUCGUACCCAGGGAUCCCGAGACACUCGCCCUGUCACCCUCUGACAUCCACGCCAAGUUCUCCUCCCUUUCCGUCCGCCCACCUCCUGCCGAUCUGCAAAUUCCAGUCACCAUCCUACCUGACCCCACCGAUUUCCAAGCUGCCGUGAAAGAAGGCAGACUUCCCGAGGUGGCGCUCGACGUUGCCCGCUGCGGCGGGUUCAAGAGCUCCAAGCUAUCCAUUUACAUGCACGGAUGGGCGGAGGGUAUUACGACUAUUACGAGUAACAAGGAGAUCAGGGGCCACAUACGGACGUGGGUUGAGGCGCACCGGCGGACCGAGGACGACGUUGGACCGAGCAUUUAUAGGGUUGAUGUGACUCGGAACCUGCUCGCCAAGGCCGCUACGCCUCCGGAGAAUUGGCCUGAUGAGGGUCAUGAGAAUGGAGAUGAUGGAAGUUAA